AUGUCGGAAAAUGAAAAGAAAUUAAGCAAAAGAACAGAAUCUGAAAUUCAAGUAGAAAAUAAGGAUCAGAAGAGAUCUACAGAAGUUAGCCCUCAAGAUGAGGGACAGGAGGAGAAAACAUCUAUGCUUUGUUUCAAGAAAAGAAAGAAAGCAUCCAAGGUGUUCAAGCCCAAUGCUGGCACUGAAGCUGCUGGUGCAGGAAGGAAGGCUCCCCUAGAAGCAGGAGCUUCUGAUCAGCCAGAGUGUCCAGGUGGUGCCUGGGCCUCAGUCAAAGGCCUAGUGGCAUGUAGGAAAAGGUCAGAUUCUUCAAAGCAGCAGAAGCCAUUUGAGGCUGAAGUGCAUCCUGAAAUAAAGGCUGAGGAUGCUGAUUUUUCUAAGAAAAAGGUUAAAUCCAGACUUAAGAUUCCCUACAUAAAAUUCUCAAGAGGGGCACAAAAGAGUCAUCAUUUCAAAAUUAUAGAAGACUUGGGCUGCUGUCUAAAAGUCCAGUAUGAGACUGAAGCUUUGGCUAUACAAACUCAGACCCAAUCCAAUGACGAGGAAACAAAGCCUAAGUCGAUGCAAACCAGUGAAGGCAUCUCACAAAAAGAUGGCAAUGAGUUCUGUAAGUCAAAUGUGAGCAAGAGAAUAAUGCCUAGAGAGAAUGUGAUUUCAGUAGAACUCAAAUUAGGUAAUGGGCAUUCUGCUAUUCAGACAGGAAUGCUAAUCUUUGAAAAGGAAACUGCAGUGAUGGAAGAAAAGCAAAGUGUUCAGUCCCAGCAAGCAGGCCCAUUUGAAAGUUCAGAAAUAGUCAGUCAGCAACCAGUGGCUUCUGAUGUUACUCCUUCACUUGCAAUACCAGAACAGCAAACUGUCGGAAAGUCCAGUAACAGUACCUUAGAAGGUGAACCAAACUGGAAUGACCAUGAAAGUCAAGAGACUGUAGUUGAAGAAGAGAAUCAGUCAAAAUGUACUGAAUUGUGUGAAGACUUGAAAGAAAAUGAGAUCAAUGUAGAGAAACCCAAAUCAGAAGAAAGCAAAAGAAUGGAGUCAAUUGCUGCUAUUAUUAUAAACACAGAACUCAGUGAAUUUGAUGCUAAAAAAUCUAAAAAUGUCCUAAGCAUUUCUUAAUUUCCAUUGAAAAUGAGUAAUCAGGGUUUUUUUGCUAAUGACAGUGGUUUUGAGGGUAGAACUUCAGAACGGUGUGAAACACUCUUGAUAGAAACAGCUUCUUCUCUUGUCAAGAACACUACCCAGUUGUCUGCAGAACAGCUGGUUAAUGAAAUGUCCUCUGAUGAUAAUAAAAUAAAACACUCUUCUAUGGUGACUUAA